ACACUGGAUCCAGCGAUGGGAGGCGCGGGCGGCGCGGGGCCGGGCUGGGGCCGGCAGCGCGGGGCCGGGCGGCCGCAGCCCGCGCUCUGAGCCGCCGCUCUGCCCGCGCCCCCGGGGCCGCUCCGCUCCGCGCCCAUGGCCGAGGUGGGCGGCUUCCUGGGCGCGCUGGACCCCGACCUGCACGCCUUCCCCCCCGCGCUGGGCGCCGGGCUGCCCCUCGCCGACUCCCCCGGCUUCCUCAACGAGCGCCUGGGGCAGAUCGAGGGGCGGCUGCAGCGGGGCUCCCCUACCGACUUCGCUCACCUCAAGGGCAUCCUGCGGCGGCGGCAGCUCUACUGUCGCACCGGCUUCCACCUGGAGAUCUUCCCCAACGGCACGGUGCAGGGCACCCGGCAGGACCACAGCCGCUUCGGGAUUUUGGAGUUUAUUAGCCUGGCAGUGGGGCUGGUGAGCAUCCGUGGGGUGGAUUCCGGACUCUACCUCGGCAUGAAUGAGAGAGGCGAGCUCUAUGGGUCGAAGAAGCUCACCCGGGAGUGCGUUUUCCGCGAGCAGUUUGAGGAGAACUGGUACAACACGUACGCCUCGACCCUGUACAAGCACCCCGACUCGGAGCGCCAGUACUACGUGGCCCUCAACAAGGACGGCUCCCCCCGCGAGGGGUACAGGACUAAGAGACACCAGAAAUUCACCCACUUCUUACCCCGGCCUGUGGACCCUGCCAAAAUCCCUGCCAUGUACAGAGACCUCUUCCACUACAGGUGAUGGUUCCUGCAGUGUCGGUGUACAUACUUGGGCUCCCAAGCUUUUUCCCAGAGCACUCUAUUAAUAGUCAUUCCAUCAUUCCUGUAAGAGUAGAUGACCUAGGGAAGCACUUACAUUGAAUUCAGACACUGCUGUUCCUCCUUGUUUCCAGUGUAUAUCAAACCUGGGUUAUUUAUGGGGCGGGGGUAGGGGAAGGGAGGGAACCCUACAUUUAAUCUUCCAUUUUCCUUCACUUUCGUUGCCCGGUUGCUACAAGAGAGGCUGAAUAUUCAAUGUUAUGGUUGCUUAAAGGAGCGAGCAGGUGAGCAAACCUGAUGACUGGGGAAAAGAAAGCCCCAAAACAAAAAAUGAAGAGAAGAAAAGACAACAAAGAGCACAGAACUGCUGCAGAUGCUGCUGCUGAGCUGGGAUAGCUCCCUGCUAAAGAAAAGCCUUUGAGUGGUGCCCUGCUUAAGCAGCCUGGGAGUUUGCUACGUGGAUGAUGCUCCAUGGACUGGUCCUGAUUUGUGGGGUUCUUCCUGCUGUUGGGGUGGGGAUGGGGUGAGGAACAUUAUUCAGAUGUAAGCAUGGAUACUGUGCAUAAGGACAAAACUAUUUAUAAAAUGUAUAUGAUAUUUAUUUUAUAUAUUUAUUUAUUUCAAAAUAAUUUUAUUUUUAAUGAGAGAUGCUAUGACCGGAUUUUCAUCAGGAAGAAUAAGGUCCUACUGAAACAGGAAAAAAAAAAUGAGUUUUAAGAGCUUAUCGGCAAUAAAAUUGUCUUUAUAUUGUAGAUUUCUUUCUAGCCCCUUUUUUUUUUUUUUUUUUUGACACUCUUCAACAACUAACCCAGUA